UGAUGAUGGCAGCAGGCCUCACAGUUCCAGCAGGAUUACAAAACCAAAGCGAGUCGGUGAUGUUCUCCGGUCCCCGACCAGGAAGAGCUUUAAAAACAAGUCACUCUCUGCGCCAUGACUGAGAUCAGUGACCUGGAUCGCCAGAUUGAACAACUCCGCCGCUGUGAACUCAUCAAAGAAAAUGAAGUCAAAGCCUUGUGUGCAAAGGCCAGGGAGAUUCUGGUUGAAGAGAGUAACGUGCAACAGGUUGAUUCCCCGGUCACUGUCUGCGGAGACAUUCAUGGGCAGUUCUAUGACCUGAAAGAGUUAUUCCGGGUUGGGGGAGAUGUACCAGAAACAAACUAUCUGUUCAUGGGUGACUUUGUGGACCGAGGCUUCUACAGUGUAGAAACAUUCCUCCUGCUCCUCGCUCUGAAGGUGCGUUACCCAGACAGGAUCACACUGAUCCGGGGUAACCACGAGAGUCGACAGAUCACCCAGGUGUACGGCUUCUACGACGAGUGUCUGCGCAAGUAUGGCUCCGUGACCGUCUGGCGAUACUGUACUGAAAUCUUCGACUAUCUCAGUCUGUCAGCCAUCAUUGACGGCAAGAUAUUCUGUGUACACGGGGGUCUGUCACCCUCCAUCCAGACGCUGGACCAGAUCCGCACCAUCGACCGGAAACAGGAGGUUCCGCACGACGGGCCCAUGUGUGACCUGCUGUGGUCUGACCCCGAGGACACGACGGGAUGGGGUGUGAGCCCACGGGGUGCGGGUUACCUCUUUGGCAGCGACGUGGUGGCACAGUUCAACGCGGCCAACGACAUCGACAUGAUCUGCCGUGCCCACCAGCUCGUCAUGGAGGGUUACAAAUGGCAUUUCAACGAGACCGUGCUCACCGUCUGGUCGGCACCCAACUACUGCUACAGGUGUGGGAACGUGGCGGCCAUCCUGGAGCUGGACGAGCAUCUUCAGAAGGAGUUCAUCAUCUUCGAGGCAGCACCUCAGGAGACCCGAGGCAUCCCCUCCAAAAAACCUGUGGCUGAUUACUUCCUGUGACCUUCUGACCUUCGUCCUCCUCCUCAUCUGUCCUCACCCCCUCCAAGAAUCACAUGUCCAAUUGCUUCCUGUGACCGAUCCCCCUCCACCACCCUGCUCCUCACUACCUUGGAGUCUUACUACCCUCUCCUCCCUUCUCCAUUCUCUUUCCCCCUUGACCCUCCCCACACUGAUGUUAGCCUCCCACAUUUCUUAAGGACACCCCUUCCUGCUGUUUCUCUCGACCGUGGGGAGGGGGAGGUGGAGAGGAUGGUCACAAUCGAUCAGGGAAGCUUCCCCACCCCGACCUGCCUUAGCCGGGCUGACUUUACUCGUUCAGGCUUCACAUUUCUUCUGUGCGGAGACGCCCCAGCGGCCUUCAACCAUCCUCAUCCCACCCCGUUUCCGUCGCUAAGCAGCUGCUCCGACCAUGGCUUUGUUCUUUUACAAAGAGGAAAAGAAAUUCCGUCUGGGGAUUGAGAAACAAAAAAAUUCCAAUAAAAAUAGUAAACGUUCUCUG